UCUGAAGCACCGAGUAGUUCCAUUAUGUUGUUAACUGGUUACGGGUUUAGAGUAGGAGUCAUUGGUGAAAAGUGUGUUGUGAAUAAUAAAUGUUUUGACACUUUCUAACAUUCAUAAACACAUUUCCAACAAUGUAAAGAAAUUGAUAGAAUCGAUAUUUAAUUUAUUCUUUAAGUACACCUCCCUAUUAUAAUACAAAAUGGCGUUUAAAACCAUAGAAGAAAAAGACUUUUACCUGCUUGUAAUCAUCACAAAUUAAACAGACGCAAGUUGGAUAUCAUUGAAAGGAGCAUAAAAUAUACUAUCUUUUUAUUAUCAAAGAGUGGGAAAUACUCUAACACCAGCAAUAAGCUAGUUGGAAGUGGAACGAAAUGCCGAGAAGAAUGUCCACAGGUUGAAAAGCCAAGGGCAUGCACCUUUGACUUUUCUAAAGAGUUAUGACAACAACAUCCAUAGAAACCUCUACAGAAGUAUCCAUUGAAGAAUUCACUGAAAUUUGCGCAAAAGCCUCUAGUUAAAUCUGCAACACAACUAUGAUAGAAACUAAGGAGGAAAUGGAAACAAUUGGGGAGGAGGUCCCACCUACGCCUCCAGAGGAUGUGGAGUGCCGCGCAUGCCUCCAACGGUUCGACUAUGAGGCGGGCCUGCUGGAUAUGUUUCAGGCUUGGGAGCCACCAUGGAAUGGCAUGGGUGAAUCCAUAGCGCAAGAUCUAGCGCGUCUCGCCAACGUUAAUAUAACAAUAGCAGACUCAUAUUCAAAACUGAUAUGUCAGUUUUGUCAUCAGAAGCUUUUGGAAGCGUGCAGUUUUGUGGUGAACGUUCGUAUUAACGAUCGGCUGUUGCGACGGGGUGCUGAGACUCUUCACGAACAAGACGACACUUGGCCUAAACCCAUACAAGUUGACAGAAAUAUUAACAGCAAUGUAUUUAAUAGCACAAUGGACGUGGAAAUUAAGCAAGAGGUGUUAUCGGACGAUGAAAUUUAUCCCAGUGGAGCUGAAGACACGUUCAAAGAUGGCACUGAUGCCGCGGGUGGUACAGACAACACAUUCAAUAAUAUGGAAAUAAAAAUUGAACCUGAGGAAAUUAUACAGCCCGCACCAUUCCAGAUUACAGUUAACGGCACUAUUACCCACGAUCAGUUUGAGCGGAAUUCUAUACUCACUAAUGGCGAACACAAAGAGGAAACGGAACAAGACUUGGAGAACGUGCAAGUAAAACAGGAGCCACGUAGCGAGGAAGAGGAGGUGGAACCGCCUCCCGACUUGCCGCUGGAGUGCAUGCUCUGCACCAAGUCGUUCAACAGUGUUACUGGACUGAAGGCGCACGUGAUAGCACAACACUCGUAUAAGACUGUGAAGAGAAAGUCUGAAGAGGAAGUGUCGGCGGGCAGCAGCAAGCGCUCCGGCAAACAUGUGUGUGUCACGUGCAGGCGGUCGUUCACGACGCCCACCGACCUGAUGGUGCACGAGACGUGCCACAACACGCACGCGUGCUACGGCUGCAACUACAAGUGCGACACGUUCCAGCAGCUCAGCAGGCACCGGCUGCGCUGCAAGGCGCUGAGGAACAACGCGCCACUGCGCCACAAGACUCUACACGAUGUUAAAAGACCACAAAUCGACUCGCCGCUGCUUGUUGAGUCGUGUUCACGGCCCACGGAUUCGCACAAUGACAGUGAGAAAAAAGACUCAGACUAUCAGAUACCCUCGCUUAGUAAUAAUAUAGAUGUGGACAUGAAAGUGGAACGAAUAGAGUCUAUGAGUUCGGAUGAAUCCCAUCCUUGAUUUGUGUAUGGCAGUGUGGACCGUGGCUCAUAAGUGGGCUAGUGCUUUAAACAUGUAUAUAAUGUGUGUAGUGGAAACGUGAUCUUUAUCGCUUCUAUAUUGCAAAGACUGUCAGUAAAGCUUAUUAUCAGACUUGAACCGGCUGUAUUGUAUGAUAAUUAUAGCAACCGAUACAAGUCAUGAGCAAAUUAUCAGUGACGGGGACAAAUACGCGUAUGUUCCGAUUUGAAAGUGUAUAGUAGUGCGUCUAAGCCCAAUAGACAGAGCAUCGACAGUGGACCAAUCGCGUGAAACGUCAUCGUGAACUACGUCAAAUCGGCCAAUAACGAGUGUGCUCACGACUCGUGCCGCUAUCUGUAUCUCAGUAGAUACUACAUUUUAAGUUCGUAAAAAAAACAAGUGCAAGGGAGUUGUUGACUUGGAGUUUGUAAUGUGCUCACUCAAUGUCUAUAGCGUUGUUUUAAUUUACGAAUGUUUUGUCUCUCUCGGACUGUGAUCAGUGUCAAAAUCCUUUAAAAAUGUUAUUGUAAACGACUAUUCUAAUUGUACCGUGUGACAGUUAUCAAUCAUUAAAAAUUAAAAUACUGUUCAGAAUCCUUCAUGAAAAAUGGGAUUCUAUAAACAUAGGGAAAAGGAGAAUGCCCAUACCUGUCCCAAGGUAUAAAGGGAGCAUAUGGGGUUCUUAAAUUAUUUUUGGUAAUUACUCCAAUUCUUUUGAUAGAUAUACGUUCGAGGGUUUAAUUUUGCGUUUAAAAAAGAUUUGUUUCUAUAUUCUGGCCAUUUCUGACCGCAUUCUUGUCAAGUGUUAUUAUAAUUCAUGAAAUUAUUAUAGAAAUUAGUUAUAUUCGUUUGAUAAAAAAUAUUUUCGGGGUUACAAUUCAAUUAUUUUUUUAGGUUGUGGCGCCAUUUUUUACAGACGAUGAUUUUAGGUAUAAGAUUAUGUGAUAGAUAUUGUUAAAACAUGAAUAUUCUAUAUUUGUCACUAAAUACAGAUAUUCGCGAAAAUACUAACCUCAAAAAACGCACGAAGCGAAUGGUCCACGACCAAGCUCCUUAAAUAGAGAUAAAAAAAAUAAACAUAAAAAUAUGUUAUUGGAUAAAAACCCAACAGUAAAAUUAAUUACUAUUUUAUUUGGAAGGAUGUUAUUUCUUCUAUUUUGUGGGUAAUUGUCACUGUCAGAUAAAAUUAUAUUAUCUAGAAUGGAAUUCCAUACACAAAAGGGCAUUCUCCUUUAUCAAAUUAUCUCAAUAGUUAUUACAUAUAUUUUUGUCGAUCAAAAUUUACAGAAGGAUCAUCGUAAAUAAAUGAGGUUAAACAUUGUUCGAAUUAUAAUAAAAAGGAAUUAAAAAUGAACAUUCCAAAUUAUCUUUUAAUACCUUUUAAUUUUAUAAAAAUUGGUCCAUCGAGUCCUGCGUAUUUUACCAUCAAAUUGAAAAUAUGAUUUAUUGUUUUUUUUUAUUUAGAUGAAAAUACAAUGAAUAUAGUUUAAAGUAUAGAUGAUCGGAAUCAAAAUAUCGAUAAUUUAUUAUCGUGAAUACAAGAAUGUUGAUUCUAACUUUAAAUGUUAUCUUUUUCUCAUGUUACGAUACUAAGGUUUUGUAACUAAAUAUAGGAUAUUUUUUCAAUUUUAUCUAUGAUUUUGGAUAUUAUUUAUAAAAAUUACAUGUAAACAGAAUGUUUUCAAAAAGAGCUAUAUCAAAGCUUUGUGUUGAUGUAAAUUUAAUGAGUUUUUAGUGCGUUAAAACAGGUUAAGUGUGUUUUGUUUUAACAGCUUUAUUUCAUGAACUGUAACAUGUAUUGAUAUAUAAUUUGUGCCUGGCAUAAAUUUAACAAAUUCGACUAUAUUUUGUAUGCCGCCAGCUCAUCGCCCUGCUUCGGAUCAAUUAGGCCAGAUGUAACUUAAUCGAUAUCGAUAUUGAUCGAUAAAAUGUAGGGGAUAUUAUCAAGUCAAUAGGAGUUGUAGCAUAUCGAACAAUGUAAAGUUAAUUUAAGUAGCAAUGCAAAACUAAUGUCACGAAAAAUUCAUGUGAAAGUAUCUAGAUAUUCGGUAAACAAGUUUUGUACAAACGCCAAGUAUGUUUUUGAUUAUAUUUAAUGUGUCACAAUGACGCAUUAAGUUAAUUUAAGAUUAGAAGUAAGAUAAAAUUGUACUUUUCUUUUCCUAAAGGAAUCCCAUUCAGAUUUUAAAAAAGCCUAGGAAUUAUAAAUUAAAAAUCUGACUAAGCAUAGUGUGAAGUUGCCAAGUUGUAAUCGAUUCAAGUGUAGACAAUUACCAUAUAAUCGAUUUCGCUUAAAUGUUUAAUAUGAGUCGAAAUAAGGAUUCUAUAACUUAUACAUCAUUUAAUGGUACAGCGAUAAAAGGGAAAUGAGAAUUCCUUGAAUGCUUAACGUAUUUGUAUUUACAUUAUCGUUUACUUGCAGGUUGAUUAGUUAUUCCUUUUUGUGAUUCAGACAACAAAACUGCAAAAUCUGUACUUAAGGCGAAUACGUAAACUAAUUCGCAUUUAUUUAUCGAUAUUGCAUUUUAAUCGAUAAUAAACCCAUUACACAAAAAAAAUUGCGCUACAAGAUAUGGCGCUCAUCAUGUUUGGCAUCGAACAUAUCGCAUAACUCGAACAACGUCUAGUUUACCAUAUACGUUUUCUAUGAACGAUUCCAAUCAUAAUUUGCGAUCUGAUCCUUAGACAAACCAAUGAAAAUAAGUUGUAAGCAUAUCCAAGAAAUAUUCUGAUUGUUCAUAUGGUUCAUUAUGGGCUUGGUUCAUAUGUGCGAAUGAUUGCAAUAGUGAUUGUGAUCGUUGAUUGAAAUCGGCGGUAACUAACAGCUCAAGCCAGGGGCGUAGCUAGCGUCGUAUCAGUGAUACGGGGCCCCCGAGCUUUGGGGCUCCUUUUGGUCCAUACCUACAUUAAACUAAGCAGGCGCCCAAAAGCUCGCACUGCCCUGAGGGGCCCCCAACACAUUUAGAUAUAGGGUCCCUCUAUGGCAAGCUACGCUACUGUCUCAAGCGAUAUCACCUCACAUAGGUGUCUGUACCAGUGGCGAAGGUUGAAAUUUUUCGAAACCCGAUAUAACUUAUAGGUUAAUAAUGUAAUGCAUAAAUGCAGUCUGAAAAUCGUUCUAAUGAUAAUUAGAUUGUACAUAAAUUACGAAAGGGAAAUCGGCAUUCACCACUGGUCUGUACAGUGUAUAGCUGACGUUAAUGUUUAUGGCCUGGUUACAGCAAGUUUCUUAAUGAAAAGUAAAGCUUAAGGUAAUAUCAUAAAAGUUGAAAAUACAUACGUCGUUAUUUAGGCAAAGUUACAGUAACUUUCACAUUUGCUGUCAAUGAAGUAAGUAGUCACUUCAUACGCCUUCUACUUUGUCUUGAAAUCAUACACGAAUAUCACGUCGGUCAUAAAGAUUAGUCAGUUUGGAUUAGAACUUGUUAGAUUUAGACGAAUAUUUUGUGAAGUUUUUAGCCUCGAAUUGUGAUGUAUUAAAUAAUGAUUCUUGUAAAUAUAUUGUUGCGGUUUGCAACUUA